GUUUAAGUAAUUACAUAUGUUUUAGGUUUAUGAGCUCUUGGUUUGGUUUGGUAGUCCCUAACCAAUCGGUUUAACUAGGAAAGAAACCCGUAGUAGAUUCCUCCACUUUUCUUCACUUGAUUCCUUUAUCGCUUUCUCCGGUUUCUUUCUGUAGUAGAGUUCUAAACCGAACCGAAUUUUAAUUUUGGCUAACUUCAGUUCCAAACCAAACUAUCCCACCUGAAAUUCCAAACCGAACCUUUCGGUUCAUAUCGAUUUUGAGUUAUUUAACGUAAUUUAUUCCCGGUUACGGAAUUUGUGAAUGGUCAAUGGUCACUAGUCACUCACUAUCAACGAGCCUAAAAAGUAUCGACUCUUCUUCACACAAACAUUCUCUAUCCAUUGAACUCAUUUUCUCUCAUCUUCUUCAUCAUCAUCAAUGGAUGAGAUAAUAAAACCAAAGAAAGAAGAAAACUCCAAACGUCGUCGUAAUGCCACAGCCAUUUGCCGUGAAACUGGAGACCACGUCCAUUAUCCUCCAACACGCAGAACCAAACCCAAAUCCACGCGUGCUCAUCACGCGCCACCACCGAUCAUCGAAUCGAUCUUAAAAGUUAAUCAUAAGCCACACUACGGUGAAUGCAGGAAGAAUCACGCCGCUGAUAUCGGAACCACCGCUUACGAUGGCUGCGGCGAGUUUGUUAGCUCCACCGGAGAAGAAGAUUCUUUAAACUGCGCCGCAUGCGGCUGUCACCGUAACUUCCACCGUGAAGAGUCCAUCCCGGAGAACGGUGGCGUUACUGAGACGGUUCUUGAAGUUCUCAAGAUUUCGUCGUAUCAGUUUCGUCGGAUCUUUUGCUCACCUUACGGCGGCGGAAAAAGCAAAGGAAAGAAGGAGAGUUAUGGAGGAGAUCGGGUUGUUAAAGAUCGAUUUGGCGGUGGAGAUUUAGCGGCGGAGGAGGAGGAGGAGGAGGAGGUGGGGAGAGUGAAGAGAUUGAAGACGAAGUUUACGGCGGAGCAGACGGAGAAAAUGAGGGGUUACGCGGAGAAGCUACGGUGGAAGGUAAGACCUGAGAAGAGAGAGGAGGUUGAAGAGUUUUGUGUAGAGAUUGGAGUCAAUCGGAAGAAUUUUAGGAUUUGGAUGAAUAAUCACAAAGAUAACAACUGAUUAAUGAUUAUUUACCAAACUCUCUAAUUGUGUUGCUUUUUUUUCUUUUUUUUUUUUCUAAAUCUUUGCAUUCUAGUUUGUUUUUAAUUGGUAUGCAUUAUGUAGUUAAGUGUAAUUCUGUGUAAUGUAAUGUAUAAAUAACAAGUUCCAUUUUUAUUUUA